UCAAUAAAAAACUACAAUUCACAAUAUCUUUAGAGAGAUGAUGAGCUUACAGCGUUACCACUUGUGUUUUAUUUUGACUUGGCUACCUCUUCUUGUAUUCUCGACGACGUUGGAUAAUACUUUGUCAUCCAACGGCUUCCUCUCACCGUCGAACAGCCGAACCAUUGUGUCUCCGGGUCAAGUUUUCGAGCUUGGUUUCUUCAAGCUCUCCCCAGACUCCCGAGAUGGUGCUCGUUGGUAUCUCGGCAUCUGGUACAGAGACUUUCCUACAAGGGAUUAUGUCUGGGUUGCCAAUAGAAACAAUCCCUUGUCCAACCCCGUUGGAACCUUGAAAAUAUCAGACGCCAACCUAGACAUCCGAGAUCCAUCUAAUAAUCUUGUCUGGUCGACAAAUCUUGCCAGAAGAAAGACCAAAGCUCCAGUUGUGGCAGAGCUCCUCGAUAACGGGAAUUUUGUGCUGAGAUGCAAGAAUAGGAACUCGUCAAAUCAGUUGCUGUGGCAGAGUUUUGAUUUCCCGACAGAUACAUUGCUCCCCGAGAUGAAACUUGGUUGGACAAAGCGAAGCGGUCAAAACAAAUUCCUACAAUCAUGGGCAAGUGCACAUGAUCCAUCAAGUGGGGAUUUUACGUACGUUAUUGAUAUUGCCGGAGGUGGUUUGCCUCAAAGGGUAAUAAGGGAAGGAGGCAGAAAAUUAGGAACCCGUGUGGACUCCUGGAAUGGUAUAGGGUCCAUUGGUCUACCCGCCACGCUUGUAACAGCAAAUUUAAAAUUUGAUUUUAUUAUGCACAAUGAAGAAAUCACUUACUCCUUCAAAGUCACCACGAACAAGAUCUACUCGAAACUCAUAAUCGACUAUAGGGGGACAUUGCAUAGAAUGGCACGAUCUCCGAGAGCAGAAGAUUGGGUAUCUUAUUGGAUAACUCCGACGGACAUGUGCGACGCAUAUGCUGCGUGUGGCUCUUACGGUCAGUGCGACACGAACGUGUCACCCAUGUGUACAUGUAUCGAAGGUUUUAGGGCAAGGAACAAAGAGGCAUGGACAGGGAUGAACUUUAAGGAUGGAUGCGAGAGGAAAACGCCACUUAGAAGCAAUAGUGAUGGGUUUCACCAGCUGAAGAAAAUUAAGCUGCCGGAUACAAAGGCUGUGACUGUGGAAAAGGGACUCGAGUUUGAGGAAUGUCAAAGGAAGUGUGUUGGAGAUUUCAACUGUACAGCAUUCGCUUAUGUCGAUAUGUGGAAUGGCGCUGGGUGGAGUUGUCUAAUUUGGACAGGAGAGCUAGUUGAUAUAAGAGUUUUCUUCUCCCAUGGUCAAGAUCUCUACGUCAGAGUGGCCAAGACUGAUCUCGGGAAUGACAGAAGCAUAAGUAAAAUAAUCAUAGGUUUGAUUGUUGGAGUUGCGGGCGGUAUGAUUUUUCUCUGCUUCGUCAUGUUCUGUUUUUGGAAAAAAAAACAGAAACGAUCAAGGGCGAAUGCAGUGGAAACACCUAUUGCCGCAAUAUCAACUAGAACAUACUUGUCUGGAGAAAUCGAGGACUUGGCACUUUCACGGAUGGAGUUUAAAACUGUCGUCAUGACAACUGAAAACUUUUCUUACGCACUUGGACAAGGCGGUUUCGGUUUCGUUUACAAGGGGAGAUUACUUGACGGAACACUUGUAGCUAUAAAAAGAUUAUCAGAUAUGUCAGUUCAGGGGACCAAGGAGUUCGAGACAGAGGUGAGGUUGAUCGCAAAGCUUCAACAUAAAAACCUAGUACGUCUUGUCGGAUUUUGCGACGACAUGGGCGAGAAAAUCUUGAUUUAUGAAUACUUAGAAAAUCGAAGCCUUGAUGUCUACAUAUUCGGAAAAAAUGAGAGCUCUAAGCUAAACUGGCAAAAACGAUUUGAGAUCACUAAAGGGAUUGCUCAAGGUAUCCAAUACCUUCACCAAGAAUCACGUUUUAGGAUCAUCCACAGAGAUUUAAAAGCAAGCAAUAUUCUGCUUGAUAAAGAUAUGAUUCCGAAGAUCUCCGAUUUCGGGCUGGCCCGGAUCAUUAGAAAUGAGACUCAAGAUAACACACGGAAGGUGGUUGGAACUUUUGGCUACAUGGCCCCGGAAUAUUGGACGAACGGAGUAUUCUCAAUGAAAUCGGAUGUUUUCAGUUUUGGGGUAUUACUCCUUGAGAUUAUAAGUGGCAAGAGGAAUAGGGGGUUCAGUAACUUAGAAGGAGACACCAGUCUUCUCACCUGCGCAUGGAGAAACUGGGAAGAAGGAAACUGGUUAGAGACAGUAGAUCCACUUAUUGUACCUGUCUUAUCAUCAUCAUCGUCGACGUCACAAGAAGUUCAUAGAUGCCUACAAAUAGGUCUCUUGUGCGUUCAAGAACAUGCAGCUGACAGACCAAUGAUGUCGUCCGUCGUGAUGAUGCUCGGAAGCGAAGUACCGAUUCCUCAGCCUAAAACGUCCGGCUAUUGUGUCCGCUGCGUUGGGAAAAGGUCACUUGAGACUGGUUCUUCGUCAAGUACACAGCCAACCGAAAAAUCUUGCACAGCGAACCAGAUUACCGUUUCGGUCAUUGACCCUCGGUAA